UGACUAUGUGAUCCAACAACCAAUAGUUCCCCGGCGCGCUGUUUCCGAGCUUUAAAACGGUCCCUGCGUGUUCAUCCAUGAUGAUUCCCAUAGCAGUAAUAUUAUUAUUGAUGAAGUACUCAACUUGUAAGGGCUCGCCGGUUCCCUACACUCGGUACAAUUGUACUUCUUUCACAGUGUCAGUGACUGGGGCUUUAACUCAAUCGUACCAUUACAAAAGGCUGCAGCCUUCCCAAAGCUUUUCAAAUUUUCUCACAAUGUUCCUAGUGCCGCGCCCCCGGGUUUACCAAGAGUCGCAUGCAUACCUUGACCUAUCAGUGGAUAAGAGUUAUUUCCCGGCCAUUCUGGCGGAUAAAGAAAGACAGCGGACAAAUAGCACGUCCAUCACGAAACUUACGGAAACCAACAGUGUGCGAAACCUUUUUUGAAUGUCUCAUCAUCGUGCUCCGGUGCAC